AUGAAAGAAGAGUAUGAAGACAGGAGGGACAUGCUCUGCCACCAAAUGGCUGUGUCACAGAAGUCUGGCAUAGAGGACGCAGAGAAAAGCAUGAAUAAAGAGGUGCAGAAAAUGGAGAAAGAAUUUACUCAAGUAUUUAAAGAUCUGGAGAUAAAUUUCCUUGCCAUGAACCGGGAACCAUCUGAACAACUUGAAACCCUUCAGAGUGAAGUUCGAAAGCUGGGCAUCAAAAAGAAGCUAAGAUCCAAAGAGCUGGAGCUGAGAAAAAAAAGCAAGCAAUUGAAACUGGCAGUCACGCAGGCUCAGCAUGAGCAACUGGACCUGAAAAUGAGGCUGUCUGGGUACUCUGAAAACCAAGAGGAGUUAACGAAUGAGAAAGCGAAAUUGAUAAAGACUGAAGACGAUUUCAAUGACAUUAGACUGCAAAAUGCUAUUUUGGAGCAAUUGCUGGAUACGAUACAAAUUCAGAACAAUGACCUGAAACUAAAACUGGAAAGAAGUUUUCCGAAGGGGUACAAUGGUGUUAAUGGCCUUCUUGUGAACUUUUGGUAUCCUAAUGAGUCUGUGGUGGCCACUGCAGAAGCUUCAGAUGGCUCUUCUAUCUUCACUUUCUAGCCAAACUUGGAAACCUUACAUUUGUGAAGGUUGAUGUGUGCACAAUAAAAAGGAAACAUCUCACCCGAGUGCCUUCUUGUGUCUACUUCAUUCAUUAUUCCAUGGAUUUCUGCUUUCCAGUUGUUAUGAUUUUUCACAUUAUAAGGAUUAUUUUAUUAAACAGAACAGAUACACCAAAAUAUCAAUGAGGACCUAUUUCAAAAAUAGAAAA